AUGCCCCACCCACGCCGUCAAACCAAGAAAUCUUGUCGAGAAUCAUCACCAAACUCGGUCUCUACGCCAAAUGCCCCCCGAGCAAGGAGUAGGAGUAUCUUGUCCGUAUCUGAAGAGCCUCCCACUACCAAUCCAAUUGAUGUGGACAAGGAGCAUCCCAAUGAACGUCUAACGACUCCGUCUGCCAGUGGAGGACCUGCCGGAGCUACUACCGAUCAGGAGGAGCUUAGCCGUAAAGCUAACAGGAUCGAAGGCCCACAGAACCUCGGAGGUGAACUCCCGACCUUGUACGCAGCAUGCGCCGUUCGGGCGGGAUAUAACCGCUCUAGCGGCUUCUCCGGAGGCACCUUUGAACGGCUUGGGUCCAAAGUUCGAACAAGUCCGGGACGCAGAAUCUCUGUAGUUUUCGGACUGAUGCGGCCGCGUUAUCUUGGGAAUGUGUCGGUCUAUUGGGCAUUUAUGGCCCCUUGGUCUUACUGGGUCCCCCUCCAAGUGCCUGAUAUAACACUUGGCAAGGGUUUGGACCAGAGCCUCAGUACACCUACAACAAAUUACGAAUACACGAAAAUUUCCUCAGCGUUUGAAUCCUGGACUUCGUCGUCACACAGCCUUCUCCCGCAGUCAGACGGUAUCGGGUCGUAUAACUCCACCCCCAAGAAAAGUAUUGAAACUGCCGAAAAUCGUCUGCCUGUAAUCAUGCCCCACACGGUCAUCAGCAGAGUGGGCUGGGUGAAAGCAAACAGGCUCGAUGGUAGUAACAAUGGAAUACAGUCGGAUGAAGUCAUCAUGUCGCCCCUUGUUAUCUUCUUUCUACUUAUUGGUCAAUCCAUUGCAGCGAGGACUCCGACUGACCCACCACCUUCAGCCCCGGCUUGGACGCCUCAUGCUUCGUGUCCGCCUUGGACGCCUGAUGCCUUGUCAUCGCCUCGUACGCCUGAUGCUUUGUCUCGGUCUUGGACGCCUGAUGCUUUGUCUCCGGCCUGGACACCCGAUACCAUGUCUCCGCCUUCUAAACAUCCAAGAGGUCGUCGCUACUCAGACGCACAACAGAGCACGAGCGAGAUAGAAAUGGUUCCUGAGUCGAGCAGUAACCGGGAUGUCGCGGAGGUGCACAUUGACAUGACGGCAAUAAACGACCUCGUACAUGCGGCAAACAGUCCCAUUCGCCGUCCGGCUCGCAAGCGUAGACACAGAACGGGCCACCUCGACUUGGCGAGAAAAAUCUCUCUGCUGCAAAGCAGUUCUUGGUCGAUACACGAAUUUGCUGAUAUUACGAUCUCCUUAUUCUUUUUCGCCUCUUGGAUUGCGGUCAUCUGCUUGGCCUUUAAAUUUGAAAACUAUAGUCGUAUAUCCGCUAUGUUGCAUGGACAUGAUGCCAGCACUCUGGACAACCAGAAUUUGAUUUUUGAGAAACAUGCAGCAAAGGUUCCAUCUUAG